GCGCCUCAAAUACACGACCGGUGACCACAGGUUUGGCGUUCCCGCGAAAGCAACACGUAAACUUCAGUUUGUGAAUCAAAAGUGUUAUUUUAUAUGUAUAUACUCGUUUCCGCACGAUUAUGUACCUGUUUAGUUUAAGCGUAUACAGUGUGUUUAAGUGUGAUAAUAUUUUCUCAUAUUCUUCGAAAAAGUUGUGGUAAAAUCGAGCGGGAAACAGAUGCGCAGAACGUGUGGGUGCUGUGACUCCUUGGAUUUAUGCAUCGCUUGUAUACAAUAUUUAAUGUUUUCGAACGACUGUAUCGCGUUGUUUGAGUAAAAUAUAGUUCUCCUGGUUAACGAACAGUGUUUUUUUACAAACUUUUACAACAUUUUACCUUGUAAAAGCGUGACAUGAACAGGGCGUCUGUCAGAGGACGCCAACGUUGCACUGCGUUCGUAUAGUCCUUAAAUUCAAUGCACGUACAUGAAAUUAAUAGUGUUUAUGAACUGAAAUUAAACGAUAGGACUUCAAAGAAAGUGUUUACUGAAAAUUUGUGAUUUUUUUCCCCCUUUGAGGUUAUGUUAUAUAUAUAGAGGGCGUGACAGUGGCAUAUUGCAAGCAGGGGUUGGUCAUCGUUUCGCGCGCUGGUCUCCCGCGCUUCGAGUUCCACGUCCCGUAUUUUUUUGAAGAAUUACUAUUCUGUGAUAUCUCGAAGCUUGAAACUGUAUCAGAAAAGACUUUAAGAAAUUUUCGUGCUAAGAAACAUUUUAUAAAUGAAAAGUUAUGACACAAAAUAUUGAAUCAAACGCAGCUAAGUAUACGUGCAUUAUGGCGAUCGGGUGCGUGUAAGCUUUGCGCGCUCUUUUACUUUUCGGCAUUUUCCUGGCUAAAUUACGGAGCGUAUACUGUAAUAAUUGAGCGGACGUUAAAUUAAAAUACCGGCUAAUUUAUAUCCAUAUUAAAAAGGUCUGUUCCCGUUCGAAAUAUUUUUUGAACACGUCGACAAUUCCGAAGCAAAAUGCCACAGACGAGUUUACAUGGGAAAAAAUCACAGACUUAUUUACAAGGAGGAAAAGUAGUAACACAAACUUCAAAACGUAAAAGACGGGCAACAGAAAUUUCUGAAGAUUCAGAAAAUGUAUAUCCGCCUAGUAAAAUACCAGCUUUAUCACAUGUGUCAUAUACAGAAUCAUGUCAUACAGUACAUUCUUUAGAAAAUUCAUGUACACCACAUCAAGUAUCUCCAUUGAAAGAGCAACAAGAGCCAGCCACAUGGUCUGAAUUAAGAACUGCAACAUGCUUUUUAACACCAUCAUCUUCUAAUAAUACAUCAAAUAGACCUAGCCCAUUACCAUCAUUUCCAUGGGCUGAUGGUUCUCAAGUUUGGUCUCUUAUGUGUUUGGGAGAUCAAAAGACUAUUACUCAAAGAAAUCCACAAAUGUUCCAAAGGCAUCCAACAUUACAACCAAGAAUGCGGGCAAUUUUGUUAGAUUGGUUGAUUGAAGUUUGUGAAGUAUACAAACUACAUAGAGAGACUUAUUAUCUUGCAAUGGAUUAUAUAGACAGAUAUUUGUCCAUUCAUCAAAAUGUACCCAAAAAUCAAUUGCAAUUAAUAGGCAUUACAUGCCUUUUCAUAGCUGCCAAGGUUGAAGAAAUAUAUCCACCCAAAAUAGCAGAGUUUGCAUAUGUUACUGAUGGAGCUUGCACAGAGGAAGAAAUUUUAGGAAAAGAAUUAGUGAUUUUAAAAGGCCUUGGGUGGAACUUAUCCCCAGUCACUGCUCCUGGCUGGCUUAAUAUCUAUAUGCAAAUUGAAUCAGGCGACUGGUCAAGGCCAAAUGCAUUUAUUUACCCACAAUAUGGAGGUCUACAAUAUUCUCAGGCGGCUCAACUAUUAGAUUUAGCUACAUUGGAUGAAGGAAGUUUGAAGUUCCCUUAUAGUCACAUAGCUGCAGCAGCUAUCUAUCAUACGCAAGGAAGGGAAUGUGCUUUAAGAGUAUCACGCAUUCCAUGGGAGCAGCUUGCACCCUGUGUCAAAUGGCUUACGCCCUUUGCAAUGACAGCUGCUGAAGAACAUUCUCAGUGCCUUUUAAGGUCUACAAUAACACCUGUGGAGUCUCAUUCUGGAUCUGGACUUAAGGCAGCAGUGCCUAAUAUUGUAAUGGAUGAAUCACAUCGUAUACAGACUCAUGUUGUAGAUUUAAACAUGCUAGAAAGGGCGCAGCAACGAUUAGUACAUGAAAUACCUUCUACUGAUACAAAUGAAUCUGACUCUAAUGCUGAACCUGGUAGACAGAGUCCAAAUGAAAGUGGUCUUUUAACUCCACCAUCUAGUAGUCAAAAAAAUUCUACCACACCGUCGCGUCCUCCACCGCAGUUACAUCCGUAUACGUAAUUAAAUAUUUAUAAAUACUUGAUAGUCUUUGAUUCAGCAUUUCGUUUACUAACUGCUGGUGAAUGAUUUUAAUGUAUGUCAGAAAAUAUUAACUGCUUUGAACAGUUUUGCCUUUUGUAAAGUUACACAAUGUGCUAGUAAAUACGGGAUUGCACGAGUGCACGAUAAUUACAAGAUAUACUGUACUAUUAUCGUAAAAAAUACGGUGUUCCCCAUUGAAGUACGUUGUCCUGGAACAAUGAUAUUUAUCAUGUAAUAGUAAGUCUUACAGUACAAGGUGUUAACCAUUUUGUGUAGUAGUGUCCAUAGUAAUACUGAAUUUAUUUAAUAUUAUAUAUUUGUUUUAUUGUAAACGUUUAAAAGAAGUGCCUUACGUAGAGGAAUGUAAACUUACACAUAAGCCUAUGGCUAUCUUCUGUGAUUAUAUCCAUGCAGUGAAUCUUGAUAAUACAUUACAUUAAUACAGGCAGAAUUAAAAAUAACAAAUAUUUUCAUAAAUCUCUGAACAAUAUUAGUGCCUGCGAAAAGUGUCCUUAAAAACAACUGUUUUUAUUAGUACUGAGGUAAAUAUUGUGAAUAGUAUUCUUUUAUAUAUCACGCUUUAUUUUAACGCAACGUAUUAUAACAAUGCGUUAUCAAGCCGGGUGAAUGUAUUUUUAUGUAUAUGUACACUGUGAAGUACUAAUAAUAAAAAAAAAGGAGAGAGAGAGAGAGAGAGCGCGCGCGUAAGCAUGAAUGCACGGAUGACGAUAUAAGACUAUUAAUUAUUAAAAUAAGAUUUAAAAAAUUUCGUGAUGAAUUUACACUGCCUUGUAAUAAAACGCGGCCGUUUAUAUACAUUUGUAUGAAAAAUUUGACAAUAAAUAUUUGUAAAUCUGAUCAUUAA